CGCACCCUGACCCCGGGGGCGACCCCUCCCUCCGCGCGCUUCCCCGGCGUGAAGAUGGCGCUGUCCAGGGUGUGCUGGGCUCGGGCUGCUCUGUGGGGCUCGGCCGUCGCCCCCGGACCCUUCGUCACCCGGAGGCUGCAGCUGGGCCGCUCGGGCCCCGCGUGGCGAGCCCCUCGGCCUUCAAAGCUCCAUCUUUCUCCAAAGGCGGACGUGAAGAACUUGGUUACUUACAUGGUGACCAAGACCAGAGCCAUCAAUGGAUCUUACCAUCGUUUCUUGAGCCGCCAUUUCCCCCGCUUCUAUGCCUUAUACACAGUCUUCAUGAAAGGAAUACAGAUGUUAUGGGCUGAUGGCAAAAAGGCUAGAAGAAUAAAGGCAAAUAUGUGGAAGCACAAUGUAAAGUUUCACCAACUUUCUUACCGGGAGAUGGAGCAUUUGAGACAGUUCCGUCGAGAUAUCAGCAAGUGUCUUUUCAUAGGCAUCAUUUCCAUCCCACCCUUUGCCAACUACCUGGUCUUCCUGCUCAUGUACCUGUUUCCCAGGCAACUGCUUGUCAAGCAUUUCUGGACCCCCAAACAACAAGUUGAUUUCUUAGAUAUUUAUCACAGUCUCCGGAAGCAGGCCCACUCAGAGGUCAUUACUUACUUAGAAAGGGCCAGCACUCUGGUUUCCGAUGAGAGGCUUCAGUGGCAUCUGACAGACCUGGGCAUCAAGGUGAGGAACGGUACCCACCCGACAGCUCAUGACAUCCUGCCUCUCAGAGAGUGCUUCUCUACUCAUCCCCUGGGCUUGAAUCAACUCCAGGCUGUGCAGAUGAGAGCCUUGAGCCGAGCCAUGCUCCUCACACCUCACCUGCCUUCCCCCUUGUUGAGAUGGCGUUUAAAGAGACUUACCACUGAGAUUCACCAGCUGGACAGGGCUCUGGCAAAGCUGGGGAUUGGCCAGCUGACAGCCCAGGAAGUGAAAUCGGCUUGCUAUCUUCGUGGCUUGAAUUCUACCCACAUUGCUGAUGACAGGUGUCGGACUUGGUUAGGAGAAUGGUUGCAGAUUUCCUGCAGCCUAAAAGCUCUGUUAAAAGGUGAACCGUGUUCUGGCCACGCACUAACCGGACGGUGUUUUCAGAGGCCGAGCUGUCCCUCCUGCUGCACAGCGUGGUCCUGCUCUCCACCAACUACCUUGAGACAAGGCGCUGAGUGAGCCGUGGAGUGACGUUGUCCUGCAGUCAGUAAUGUAGUAGUGUGGGACCAAAGCACCUGCCAGCAGCCGGAACACUGUUAGUGUGGGAGGCAGAAGAGCAGGUCCUAUGGGCUUCGCAGCACGCUGCCCAUCCGGGAGCUGUAGCCAUUCCUCACAGCUUGAACCUCACAGCUUGAACUAAACACACGUGUGGUGCCGUCCCGUCAUGCUAACCUGGAACUGGCAAGCACCUCUGGUACUGGACUUUUGUUGUGAUGUAAUGGUUAGGUCCUAUUAAGUCAGUUUUUGCCCAGGUUGGAAUCACUUGGCCUAAAAUUCAUGACUGCCAUGGUUUGUUUUUAAAUUUCUAUUUUUUUUUCCCUGAGAUGAGUCUAUGUUGCCCAGGCUGGCCUCAAAUUUCUGUGCUCAAGGGAUUCUCCCACCUCAGGCCUCUGGGUGCUGGGGCUACAGGUCCAAGUCCCACUGGCCUCACUGCCGUGUUCUUCACAUCCGUGAGGGGGUUUUUUGCUGGUUUUCCUGAGACCUUGUUUGAGGAUGGCCUUGAACUCGUGCUGGGAUCCAAGCUGAAGCACCAGUGCUCUGUGAGGUAUGAGGAGCGGGCCAAGUGCUCGACACUCAGCCCUUUCCACGGAGAGUUUGAGUGCCAAGAACACUGCUGCUUGGACUGGGGUGCUGCACCUGGGCCUGCACCCAGACGCCCUGCAGGUCUUUUCUCAUCCCCGCCCCUUUUAUUUUGGCGUUUUGGAGACAGAGUCUCACUCUAUAGCCCAGGCUAGCCUUCAAUUCCUAGCAAUCCUGAAAACUCUGCCACAGCUUCCUGGGUACUAGGAUUACAGCAUGAGGCUCUAGGCCUGUCCUGUCCUUUUUGAUGUGACCAAAAGUAGGAGCACUUUCCACGUCACUAACGUGGACCGCCCACCCUCUUCCUUUAGUAUCCUUAAUUUAUGGGAACAUUCUAAAGGAGGUGAAAAGGAAGAGGAUCGGCUGCCCGGCCCCUCCCCUGCACCUGUCCCCCAGUGUCUUAAUUCCCAGGCUGUCUGUCACACAGCCCUAAGGACCUUCCUCCCAUGUUUGCUCCCCACUGUGUUGCCCUGAGGCAUCUGGAGCCGGCAGUGGCUGCCUUCUUUAGGCCAUGGUCAAAUGGUGUAAGGUACUCCUUACUGCCUGGCCCUGGGAGACCAGGAGAUCUACAUCAAGACCUUAAACUGGGCUUGGCUGUUUGUUGUGUGUCCACCUGUGAUAACUUACUGUAAAUGCAUGAAGCACUGUUUAAACCAAGUAAAGACUGCCUGAAACCUGUUUUUGGGAAUUACUUACUCACUUUA